GCGAAAAAGGUAUUUGAGUAGUUCACAGUUCACAGUUCACAGUUCACACACACACACACAAGACACUUAUACACUCACACCUUUAAUUCAAAAGCUCAAAUUUUCAAUUCAUUUUCCUCCCCAACCCCCCUUCCCUUUCUUUGUCUUUUCCUCCCUCUUUUUUCCCUUUCACCUCCUGCAUUUUCCUGUCAAAACCCUAGAUUUCAAAUCUAGGGUUUUGUUCUCACUACUGUGUUUGAGGCAGUGCUUCAAGAGCUGCCAGGUCGUUUUUCUUGCUUUUCUGUAGCUACCCGAGCUCCCGAUUUUUCUACAUUUUGUUUUUUCCUAGGUAUUCUCUGUUAUGGGUUUGUGAGGGUGGUUCUGUUCAAGCUUUGGCAUCACGCACUUUCUUGUUUUUCCGGUUGAAGAUCAAAACUUUGCUGGGUUUUUAGAUUUUUUCUGAAACUCAAAAUAAAACCCUUGUAAAAUCCUUGUUUUACAAGCUCACUGCGUUCCUGUAUUUUGAAGAUUUAGGGCUGAAGGGGAUUUCUUCCCCUCUUCUUUUGGUUUUGAAAAAAAAUGCUAUAAAAAUUUUCCCAUUUGAAUAAUAACCUCCGUGAAGCCUUUGUUUUGAAAUUUCCAUUUUCCGUUAAAUCUCCCAGUGGUGGGGUGAUUUUUUUUUAUACAAUCCUUAGCAUAAUUGACCAACGGGUUUCAAGACACAAUCUUUAGGUGACAAAAACUUAAGCUUUCUAGUGACAAGUCUCUCAGUAAAUGCAUGGAUGGGAGAGAAGCCAUGGGAUUGUCUGGUGGGUCAGCUCAAUACUACAUCCAUAGGGGAGGGGUUGGUGGGUCUAUGCCUGGAUCACAGGCUGGUGGUGGACUGCAUACUCCACCUGGGUUCAGGCACAUGUCAAACACUGUCCUUCAACCUCAGUCUAAUGUGAGGGUCAGCUCUGUAGGAUCAACAUUCUCAGUAGAGCCUUCAAGACCCAAUUUUCCUCAUCAUGGCAUUAGCAUGAAUGUCACUCCUGGAGUGCCUUCAGGUGAGCCUGUAAAGAAGAAAAGAGGGAGGCCCAGGAAGUAUGGUCCUGAUGGGCCGGUUUCUCUGGGAUUGUCUCCCAUGUCUGCAACACCUAAUCCUAGACCAGGUUCAACCAGCCCCACUCCAAAACGUAGUAGAGGGCGGCCACCUGGGAGUGGUAGGAAACAACAGUUAGCUACUCUUGGGGACUGGAUGAAUGCUUCAGCUGGACUGGCUUUUGCACCCCAUGUUAUCACCAUUGGAGCUGGAGAGGACAUUGCAGCAAAAUUAUUGUUGUUUUCACAACAGAGACCAAGGGCGCUAUGCAUUUUGUCAGGAAGUGGUACAGCAUCUUCAGUAACUCUACGUCAGCCUGCAUCUACUGGUGUCAGUGUCACGUUUGAGGGUCGUUUCCAGAUAUUAUGCUUGUCAGGGUCGUACUUGGUUGCUGAGGAUGGCGGACCACGCAAUCGAACAGGGGGUAUAAGUGUUUCCCUUUCUAGUCCCGAUGGUCAUGUCAUUGGUGGUGCUGUGGCAAUGCUUAUUGCCGCAACGCCAGUGCAGGUUGUGCUUUGUAGUUUUGUCUAUGGUGGCUCCAAGACCAAGAACAAGCAAGUGGCUGGUCCCAAUAGCGACGAGAAUUCUGAGCCUCAACAUAAUGAGAAAUUGGCUCUACCAUCUAACACCCCGCCUGCUCAAAAUUAUAAUCCUUCCGGAGCAGGCAUUUGGCCAGGUUCGCGGCAAGUUGAUUUGAGAAAUCCGCACACCGGCAUCGACUUGACUCGCGGGUGAAGAUAUGCUGCAACAAACACAUGCCAAUUUUGUAUAUAUGUGUUGUUGUAAAUGAACCGAAUCUGUGAGAAUUGUAACUUUACUCUUGUUCACCCACUGGUGGGUAAACAAGUUUGUGCUAACAUAAUCUGUAACAAAGCCGUAAUUCUGGGGGUUAUUUCGGUAACAUAAUUGAGGAAGUUUCAAGUAGUGUGGAGGGUUAAGAUACUCAUCUGUAGCAAGAAAUUCUUUUGGCUUUUGGUUGGAACUUUCUAUCAAAUCAAAGUCCUUUUGUAGUUGUAACCAAUUCUGAAUCACAAUUUGCAGAAUUAUAUGCUGCAUAUGUAUGGAAGAAUGAGGUUUAUUGAGCAA